UUCGUUGUUCAAUCUGGCCACUUAUCAACCUCACGAAAUAUUGCUCCAUUAAAUCAAUAUGAUGAAGUUGAGUACAUGCAUCGUGUUAGCAGUUCUGGUCGUAAUGACAUUACCUGCUGAUGCGUGGUGGAGAAGAUCAAUCAACGUUAAACCAGUCUGUGUGAAAUCAAAUUGGUGGUUAUCUUUCGACAAACAAGGAUGGUCAACUUGUAAAACCACAAACCAGUUUAUCACUGGCUUUUAUCGCAACACGUUAUGUGACAACUAUGACGGACUUUACCGUCUUGAAGAAGCCAAAUGCUGCAAAUCUAGUCCAAUAUAUAUUGGACAGAAAAGUACUUGCCAAAAUGCUAACUGGAGGGACUCUUUCAACAAAAAAGGAUGGAGUGUUUGUUCAAAUGGAUAUUUUCUAAACGGUCUCUAUCGCUCAAAGGGAAACCACUUACACAACCUCGAAGAGGGAAAAUGUUGCAAACCAGUCAAUCAUCCCGACAAGUAUAAUGAUUGUUAUCAUGAAAAUAUCAAGAAUGAUUUCAACAAAAAAGGAUGGACAGUGUGUAAAAAAGAUGGUUACUACGUCACUGGGUUAAGACGAGAUUCUGGGAAUUGGCUAAAGGACAUCGACAGUUUUAAAUGCUGUAAAAUGUGGAGUGUUGGAGUUUGUGAUCAUAGUCCUUGUAAGAAUGGUGGUUCGUGUGUUGUUGAUGGUAGUUCAUACAAUUGUACUUGCCCUCCAGACUUUAUUGGUAUUCGCUGUGAAACAAAGGUUCCAAAUCCUUGUGAGCCAAAUCCAUGUAAAAAUGGUGGACAAUGCAACAUUUUGGGUAACAGCUACACAUGUAAAUGCAAACCUGCUUUUGGCGGCAACAACUGCGAACAUUCACAAUCAACAUGCAUUGCAUCUGGUGAUCCUCAUUACACUUCAUUUGAUGGCAAAAGAUUUGAUUUUAUGGGAGAUUGUGAAUACGACUUCGCUAAAGAUUGCAGCAAAAAAUCACUUUUUACAGUUCGCACUAAAAAUACGCGUUGUGGAGGGUUUGUCACUUGUACAGCGGCUGUUAAGAUCUAUAUAGCUGGUUACUUCAUUCAGUUCACGCGUCAGAGUCGUUCCGCAGUUGUAAACGGAGUUAGGCUUUCACAAUUUCCAAUAGUUCGUCGUGGUAUGUGUUUCUAUUUUAAUUUAUUUGAAUUGAUUUAA